GAUUUGUGUGUUCGUGAUUACCGCAUGGUUUAUUUUUCAUGUGAAUAGUUUGAACGUGCAUCUUUAAAACCGUUUUCGGAGCAUAAAAUUCCAAUUUUUUUGCUUUUUUGGAUUAAAGGAGUAGCAAAAAAUUGAAAAUGGAUGAUGAUGAUAAAAUUGACAUUUCUUCUAUUAUUCCUCAGCAGAAUGCUAAACCUAAAAAAAAGUCUGGAGGAUUCCAGUCAAUGGGUCUUAGUUAUCCUGUUCUACGUGCAGUUUUGAAAAAGGGAUAUAAAGUUCCUACGCCUAUCCAAAGAAAGGCUAUACCUGUAAUUAUGGAAGGGAAAAAUGUAGUUGCUAUGGCUCGAACAGGUAGUGGAAAAACAGCCGCUUUUCUUAUACCUAUGCUUGAACGACUAAAGUGUAGAAUUCCUAAAGCUGGUGCACGAGCUUUGAUUUUCUCACCCACUCGUGAACUUGCUAUGCAAACCAUGAAAUUUACAAAAGAACUUGCAACAAAUACAGACCUGAAAGCAAUUUUAGUAUUGGGAGGAGAAAAAAUAGAAAAUCAAUUUGCUGCCAUUCAUGAAAGUCCUGAUAUUAUAAUAGCCACACCUGGCCGUUUCCUUCAUGUAGUAAUUGAAAUGGAUCUGAAGCUCUCUUCUGUAGAAUACGUUGUGUUUGAUGAAGCUGAUAGGUUGUUUGAAAUGGGGUUUCAAGAACAACUUCAAGAAGUUCUAAAUAGACUUCGCUCUGUACGACAGACUUUACUGUUUUCUGCGACUCUCCCAAAAGUCCUGGUUGAUUUUAUAAAAGUUGGAAUUGAAGACCCAGUACUUAUUCGAUUAGAUGUUGAUUUACAAAUUAGUGAUAAUUUGAAGAGUUCAUUCUUUCUUUGUCGUACUGAUGACAAAACUGCUGUUUUACUGUAUCUUUUGAAGAAUGUUGUCAAUUUGACCAAAGAAUUAACUGUAGUAUUUGUUGCUACAAAACAUCAUGUGGAGUAUCUGAAAGAUGUGCUGGAGAAAGCAUCUAUCCCAUGCAGUUAUAUUUAUAGUAGUUUGGAUCAAAUGGCACGCAAUAUACAUAUUGCAAAAUUUCGAGCAAAGAAAGUUGGUGUUUUGUUAGUGACAGACAUUGCUGCCCGAGGAAUUGACAUACCACUUUUGGAUAAUGUCAUAAAUUUCAAUUUCCCAUCUAAACCAAAACUGUAUGUUCAUAGAGUUGGCAGGGUAGCAAGAGCUGGUAGAAGUGGUAAAGCAUUUUCUCUUAUAUCGUCUGAUGAAAUGCCUUACCUUCUUGACUUACAUUUGUUUCUGGGGAAACCAAUCAAAUAUGCCAAGCUGAAUAUGGAAGAUGAAGAUGGAAUUUGUGGUGCUGUACCUCAAAAUAUAAUUGAUGAUGAAGCAGAUGUUUUACAAAUAUGGCAUAGAGCAUCCGUUGAGCUCACAAAUAUGCUAAAAGUCACAAAAAAUGCUUAUCAGCAAUACCUGAAAUCUAGACCAGCUCCUUCCUCUGAAUCUGUCAAACGCAUGAAAGAAUUUCCAUUUGCAUCAGCAGAAAUUCAUCCUAUAUUCAAAGAUGAUAACGAAGCAGAACGAAAUAAAAUAAUAGCAGAAAUGAAGAACUACAGACCUAAUACAACAAUAUUUGAACUUGGACCACUUGCAAAAACACAAGCUAAUGUAGUCAUGCGACAGAAGAGGAAGUCUCAUGAUGUGCUUUUAAAACCUAAAAUAUAUUCUUCUGCACCUCUUGUAGAAAGUAAUGAGGAGUCUAAGAAGCAAGUCUUUGAAACUGAAGAAGAAAACUAUUUAUUGAGCCUUUCUCAGAAACUUGAUAGAAAAGAUAAAGUAAAAAAUGCAAAAAAGAAGAUUGGUAAUUACAGAGAUACUGAACAUUAUUUAUCAUAUAUAUCAUCAGAACAUUACAAAGAAAAAGGUUUGGGCUUAGAUAACAAUUUUGAGCAUCAAGCAGCUGGAGCUGUGCUAGACCUGACAGGAGAUGAUGAAUUAACUUUACAGAAAAUGAAAAGUACUAUGCGUUGGGAUCGAAAGAAAAAGAAAUUUGUGAGAAAUGAUGAUCAAGAGCAUUCUAAAAAAAUGAAGACAGAAAGUGGCGUUUGGAUUCCUAAGAGUUAUAAAUCAGACCUUUACAAAAAUUGGCAACAAAAGAAUAAAAUAAAAUAUCAGCAUGAUGAUGACAGUGAUGGGGAAAGCCAGUUUGGGAAAAACAGAGGAAUGUUAAAACGCACGAAAGGUAAACAAAAGGGUGUGAAAGGCAAGUUUAACAAACCUCCAAAAAGAGAACUGAAAACUAAGGAAGAAAUUCUCAAAGCAAGGAAGAAGAGAGAGCGACAGUUGGAACAUAUAAAGAAAAAACAGAAAAUUAAAUUAAACCGUGCAAAAAAGCAGAAAAAUAAAUGAUAUUGAAAUGAUAUUGUACAUACAUAUUAUUUUGUAAA